AUGGCUGCAGCUCUAAUUGGAGAGGCUUUUCUCUCUGCUUCCAUCAAGGUUUUGUGUGACGGAAUUACUUCAACUGAGUUCAUCGAUUUAUUUCGGCGCAAGAAACUCGAUGAAUCACUCCUCGUGAAACUGAAGAUAACACUGCUCGCUCUUUACACAGUGCUUACUGAUGCAGAAGAGAAGCAGAUCGUGAACCCUGCUGUCAGAAACUGGCUUGAUGAGCUCAAACAUGCAGUCUUUGACGCGAAGGAUUUACUGGAUGAGAUCGAUACUGAAGCUUUGCGAUGCAAGGUGGAAGUGUUAUUGUCCGAUGAUGCCAGCGAUAAUGAUGUAUGUGUCCCUGCCAUAGUUGGAAUGGGUGGGGUUGGUAAGACUGCCCUUGCUCAAAUCCUUUAUAACGAUGAUAAGGUGAAAGAGCAUUUUGCUCUUCGAGCUUGGGCUUGUGUUUCUGAAGAUUAUGAUGCUAUUAGGAUUGUUGGUUUCUACUUGCACAACAUGCAUUUUGGAAAUCAAACCCAUGGUUCACGUCCAAAGUUGGAAGAAAUUGGCAAGAAAAUUGCGGUCAAGUGCAAUGGUUUGCCUCUAACUGCAAAAACAAUUGGGGGUUUGUUACGUUGCAAGAUAGAUGCUGAGGAAUGA